AUGCCUCCAAAACAAGCCGACAACACAAGGAGCAAGCUCGCAGACAAGAUUUGGGCUGCCUUGAACUUGAAUACAAAGCAAACGAAGGAAACGGCUCUUGCUGCAACUUUCAGUUUCGCUGCUCUUCUUGUAGCAAUUCUGUAUCAAAACUUCGAUGAUGCCAUGAUCUGGAUGGAAUGGAUUGAGAGUUACAAGGUAGACAUAAGGAGCAUCAAGGCUGGUGAUCAAAGAAUACUCAACAUGUGCAAGACGGCGUUCGGUUGCUACGCCACCACGAUAGUUGGGUAUGAUUCAUCAUUAGGAACGCAUGUCUUCUCAGCUUUCCUGCUCGCCUGGUGGCUUACUUUCUGUAGCCCUUUUGACAUAUGGCAUAAUUCCAUGAAGACCCCGUGGUUGAUGAUCCCAAUCAAAGCUUUCGCCACAAUCAGUUCGGCACAUGCUAUCACUUCUUGGGGCAUGGAAAAGGCUCUCAAUGCAGAGCACGAAAGGAUGAGGAAGUCCGUAUGGGCUGCCUUGCUCUGUGGAUUCACCUCCGGUUCGUUCGGGUGGGUAGUGGUCAGCUAUUUCGAGACAGGGGGUUCUGCCAUCGUUGCGAGUGCCCCGACGUGGGCGAUGCAGCGAGCCUGGUACUUAGUGUGGGUCUACUAUGGUCUCACAGACCCUCAUGGCAUCUUGCAACACUCGCGCCAAGCUGUUGGCUCGCAUCUCCAGGACAUCUCGCCCGUCCUCUCUACAUUGCUGCUGAUGAAGCCGAUCUCAAAGAGUGCUGGGAAGGUGGUGGUGGCGACUUGUUGCCUGGUCCUUCAGUUCGCUCUAGACAUCUGCUGCUACGAUCUCUUGAUUCACCUCAACAGAUUUUUUGCAAUUUUUUGGAGGACCAUUGCCCCGCUGAAGAUCGACAGAGUGUAUGUCCCGCCAAAAUCUGACUAG